UGCGCCCAGGUAGCUCCGGAGCCCAAACCUGUCGGGCCGGUUCUGAGAGCUGCAGGGACGGAGGGAGGAAGGCUGCGAAGGAUGCACGGCCUGCCCCGGGCUCGCCCGCUCCCUCCACCGACUGUGCCCGUCCUGCCCACCCACCCGACCCCAUGAGGCGCGCACCCGGCCUCUUGGCGCCCCUGCUGGGCCUGGGUCUGGGGCUGAGCCUGAAGCUGCCGGCGGCAGUGGCCGACGACUGUGGGUCCCUCGGGCAGGCACAGCGCCUGACGUUCGCUCCCGCGGCUAGGACGCGAUGGCUGGCGCCUCUCGUGCGCCCACCGGGACCCCUGGACCCACUCUAUGGCACCGUGCGCCGCUUCCUCGCCCUCGUGCAGCUCAACCCUUUUCCUUCGGAAUUGGUAAAAGCCCUCCUUAAUGAACCAGCCUCUGUGAAAGUAGAUGAGGUGGUGCGGUACGAGGCUGGCUACGUGGUGUGUGCUGUGAUCGCGGGCCUCUACCUCCUGGCGGUGCCCACCACAGGGUUGUGCUUCUGCUGCUGUCGCUGCCACCGACGCUGCGGAGGCCGAGUGAAGACGGAGCACAAGGCCAUGGCCUGCGAGCGCGGCACCCUCAUGGCCUUCCUGCUGCUGACCACCCUUGUGCUGCUGAUUGGUGUGGUCUGCGCUUUUGUCACCAACCAGCACACACAUGAGCAGACAGGCCCCAGUGUGGAAGCCGUGCCCAAGACCCUGCUCAGCCUCCGGGGCCUGGUUUCUGAUGUUCCCCAGGAGCUGCAGGCCGUGGCAAAGCAGUUCUCCUUGCCCCAGAAGCAAGUUUUGGAGGAGCUGGAUGGGGUCAGUGAGAGCCUUGGAAAUAUCGUGCACAGCCAGCUUGGGAGCAGAGUUUACCCGGUGCUGGCUUCUGUGAGCAGCCUGGGCCAGGCCCUGCAGGUCGCCAUGGACCACCUCCACACCCUGAAUACCACCUUGGUGGAGCUGCGCAAGGGACAGCAGCACCUUGAGCCAGCUGUGCAGCAGCACAGGGACCGCCUGCUUGCCCUGCUGCAGGAGCCUGGGUGCCAGGGGGACUGUGAGGGGACCUUGAACCGGGCCCGCUCCCUGGAGCUGGCCGCUGACUUUGUCCAGGUCCCCUCCAUGGACCACGUCCUGUACCGGCUGAAGGGUGUACCAGAAGCCAAUUUCUCCCACAUGGUCCAGGAGGAGAACAGCACCUUCCGCAGCCUCCCAUUCCUGGUUGCCAUGCAGACAGCCAACAUGGUCCAAGAUGUGAAAAAGGCAGUGGCCCAGCAGCCUGAAGGCUUGAAGACAUUGGCCAGCAGCUUCCCAGGCUCCGAGGCAGCCUCCCACUGGAGCCAGGCACUGGAGGAGUUAGAAGAGCACAGCCGCCCUUACCUGCAGGACGUGCAGCGAUACGAGACGUACAGGUGGAUCGUGGGCUGCGUGCUGUGCUCCACUGCCCUUCUCGUGGUGAUCUGCAACCUGCUGGGCCUCUGCCUGGGCAUCUUGGGGCUGUCGGCCAGGGAGGACCCCAGCCACUGGGAUGCCAAAGGCGAGGCUGGAGCCCGCUUCCUCAUGGUGGGUGUGGGCUUCAGCUUCAUCUUCGCUGCUCCCCUCAUCCUGCUGGUGUUUGCCACCUUCCUGGUUGGCGGCAAUGUGCAGACUCUGGUGUGCCGGAGCUGGGAAAGCGGGGAGCUCUAUGAGUUUGCGGACACCCCUGGGAAUCUGCAACCUUCCAUGAACCUGUCCCGCCUUCUUGGCCUGAGGAAGAACGUCAGCCUCCUCCUGGCCUACCAGCAGUGUAAGGAAGGGGCUGCACUCUGGAGGGUCCUACAGCUCAAUGACUCCUACAACCUGGAUAAGCACCUGGACAUCAGUCAGUAUGCCAAGAAGCUGCAAUGGGACCUGAAGAGCUUGAAAGUGGACAUGAAGGACCUGGACCUGCUCAGCCCAGAGGCCUACCAGGACCUGGAGGCCCUGCUGGCAAGUGGAGUGGAGAGCGUCAGUUACCAAGACUUUCUCGUUCAGAUCCAGAAGCCUGUGGUGAAGAUUGACAUGGAGCAGCUGGCCCAGGAGCUGGCAGGACUGGCCCAGGCUCAGGGCCAUUCUGUGCUGGGGCAACAGCUACAAGAGGAGGCCAGAGGGCUCCAAAACCUCUCCCAGGAGCUGGUCAUCCCCCAGCAGAACUUGGUGGUCAAGCUCAACCUCAGCGUCAGGGCCCUAGAGUCCUCUGCUCCAAAACUCCAGCGGGAGACUUCAGUCAUCCUAGGCAAUGUCACCUCCCUAAAAACAGAACUGCCAGCACUGACCAACCAUGUCAUCCAGAAUGCAAGCGAGUGUUUCCUGACCCGGGAAAUGGGCUACUUCUCCCAGUAUGUGGCGUGGGUGAAAGAGGAGGUGACUCAGCACAUCGCCACCUGCCAGCCCUUCUCUGCAGCCCUGGACAAUGGCCGUGUAAUCCUGUGUGACAUGGUAGCUGACCCCUGGAACGCCUUCUGGUUCUGCCUGGGCUGGUGUACCUUCUUCCUCAUCCCCAGCAUCAUCUUUGCUGUCAAGACCUCCAAGUACUUCCGCCCUAUCCGGAAACGCCUCAGCUCCACCAGCUCAGAGGAGACUCAGCUCUUCCACAUCCCCCGGGUCACAUCCCUGAAGCUGUAGGACCCAUGGCAAGGUGAGGUACUCCCUGGGGCUGCCUGUCCCCUCCACUUGACCUGGACCAGAGGACUCCUGAAGCCUUGUGGCAGAGCUGAAGUGGGGCUCCCUGCCCAGACCAUUCCCCAGUCCAUCUGUUGCCCUCACACCUGUCCCUUUUCUGUCCUUUCUGCUCAUAACCCCCUUCAUUCAUUCUCACUUUUGCUGAGCCACAGGACAACAGUUUCUCUAGGUGUCCUGCCCCUGUCCUCCUUGCUGCCCUGUCCCAGCACCAAGAAGGGCCUGUCCUCUGCCUGCCGGGACCCCUUCUCCAUCCCCGUGCCUGCCCCUUCCAGCCCUCUCCCCAUCAGCACUCCCUCUUCUCCCCUCCAAGCUCUUUGCUCCUUGUUCCCAUCCGGCCUUCCACCUGCCUCAUCUUUCGUCCUAACCUCUCCUAGCCCCUUCCUUCCUCCUUCCAAGGAAGUUCUUCCCUGUCCUCUCUUUAUCCCACCCCCAGCCCCACUACUGGUCCUCCAGGGACCCCUCCUCCUGCCCAGCCAGCUCAUCAGAUAAACCUGCCAAGCAGGUGUGAUCCUGUACUGGGCUGGAUGUGGUCUCCGCCUCAUGGCCCCAAGCCCUCCACGGGCCCAUCCUGGACUUCCUGGCCCCCAGAGGGAGGGAGAUUGUUUGAGGGCUGAGCCACCUGUCUGCACCCCAGGUUAUGAAUAGCAUUGUCCCCAGGCCCUCUCUGAGUACUGGUUCCCAAAGAGUGACUGGAACCUGGGCUACAAUGGGGUCACAGCCUGUGUUCCCCCAGAAGGUAGCAUGUCCUUGCUUUCCUAAGCUUUAUUUUGGGGUCCUUGAAGCCAGCCCUCCCAGACUAGGACUCUGUACCUAGCUAUUGUUGAGUUCACAUCUUUGUUGGCAUCCAUGGAUACCCUGAAUACCUAAGGAUAGGGCUCAGCGCCUGGAUGGGAGGCUGCCGGUAGGAGUGGGCAGACCCGGGUUCACAGACUGCCUGUGAUGCCGCUUGCUGGGUGCCUUGAACAUGUUAUCAAGGUUCCCUCAACUCAGCCUCUCCUUUUAUAAGAUAGAAGAAUCAGAACCUCGAUAUCGAGCUGUGAAAACGAAAUAUAACAAGUGAAAGGUCCUGGGAACAAAGGCACAGCAAGGAAAUGGGAGCUGCCGUGACUGCACUGCCCAAGGUGGAGCUAGGGUCUGCACAGGGACAAGGGAAAGGGGAGGGAGCCCCUGUCCCAAGGCCACAGCCCUUGGGGAUGGUAUGGUCUGCUGAGUGCUAGAUGGGGUCUCAUUGUAUUUUAUAAACCAGUGACACAGCUGCUGCUAGAAACUAGGGUGGUAUGCGCAGAACGUGUGGUCACUUUGACCAGCGCAUGCUCACCCAGGGACCCUUGACAGCCACACAGGGGCCUCCUUUUGGUUUUACCCAGAGGUUGGUGGGUCAGGGUGGUUUUGCUUGUUACUCGGCUGUCAGCUUGCACAGAGGCGGUAGCAUGCUGAAUACUAAAGCGCAACUGAUGAGAUCAAAACAAAUGAAAUAGACAUAAUUAAACAAUGUGUUCAGCUCUCUCU